GGGCCACAAUGGCGGAAGGAUACGUCAUAACCUGUCACAUACCUGACCACAUAUUCCCUGUUGUGUCUGACCCCAGAGCUCCGAAAACCUGCAGUGUAUGCGUCGUGCCUGAUCUCAAAGCCCUUCUGCAGACUACUGUGGAGGAUGGGGGCUGGUGGAAAAGCUGGAUACAGCAAAGUUACAACAGUGUGCGAGAAAAGUCUGCAGAGGCUCUGGAGUUUAUGAAGCGCGACCUGUCGGAAUUCACUCGUGUUGUGCAGCAUGACACAGCCUGUACUAUUGCAGCCACGGCCAGUGUGGUCAAGGAAAAGCUGGCAGUGGAGGGAUCAUCUGGGACCACAGAGAAGAUGAAGAAAGGUAUUUCUGAUAUUUUUGGAGUGAUCUCUGACACCUUUGCUCCGUCACCUGACAAAACUAUUGACUGUGAUGUCAUCACACUUAUGGCAACUCCCUCUGGAACCACAGAACCUUAUGAUAGCACCAAGGCACGCUUGUAUAGUUUGCAGUCUGACCCAGCUACUUACUGCAAUGAGCCUGAUGGAUCUCCUGCACAAUUUGACUUAUGGCUCACUCACUGGGAUCAUGAGGAGCGUAAAGCAGAAAUUUCUGAGCUCUUGGUGACAAGCCCAUCGAUUCGCUCUCUUUACACCAAAAUGGUACCUGCGGCUGUGUCUCAUUCAGAGUUCUGGCAGCGCUAUUUCUAUAAAGUGCAUCAGCUUGAGCAGGAGGAGGCACGAAGGGAUGCGCUGAAACAAAGAGCAGAACAGAGUGUACAUUCCGAAGAGCCUGGGUGGGAUUUAGAGGAGGAGGAAAUGACAGAACUGACCUCGACGCCAGGUUUAAAUUUAGAAGAGACGCAUAGGACAGCAGAAUCGGUUAUUCCCACUCUCCAUGUUGAAGUAACUUCUGAAGAGCAGGAUGAGCAAACCAGAGAACCCCCUUGUGCCACAAGCCCCUCUGAGAGUAGUGAGAGUGUAUCCCCUGUAACUCAGAUUUUUAAUCCAGAUUACCAGAGUUCAGCCACUCCCAUAGAGUCUAGUGCCAUCCCUGUCACGGGUACUCAGGAACUGCUUGAAACAAAGUCACAGGAAAUCUCCACACAAGUUUCUGCUGAACAGUCAGUGUCUAAAAUACCUGCACGGGUGGUACCACAGAAAGAGGACCCACCUUCUGACUUGAGGGUAUUUGAAUUAAACAGUGAUAGCGGUAAAUCAACCCCUUCUAACAAUGGGCAAAAGGGUUCCAGCACAGACGUCAGUGAGGACUGGGAGAAGGAUUUUGACAUGACGGAGGAGGAGGUUCAACAGGCCUUGUCUCGAGUAGAGAUAUCUGGAGAGGUGGAAGACGAAGACUGGGAGAACUGGGAAUAAUUCUGGUAAAAGGCUGAUGAGGUUUCACUGCUCUAUGACCUUAGACACUACAGAAAAAGCCUGAGACUUUACCUUCCUCCUGUCACCACCAUUGCCUUCCAUGCCCACUCAGCAAUCAAAGCAAGUUUCUCUGGUUUAUGCAGCCACCAGACUACACUGCAUGAGUGUGAGCAGGAGAGAAGUUCAGAAGCAGGUUUCUGGACCGCACUGGCACUGUAGGGGUUAAUCAUAAAUUGAGCAAGCUUUAGGAUUUGAUUAACCCCCUCCAUGACCAGUACCAGUACGUUGCAGCACAAAACUAUGCUUGAAACGGGGUCUGUCAAAUGUCUAGUUUAGGAUGGUGAGGGUUACUAACAAAACCUUGUGCUUUAAGGUUAUGAGAGUCUCUCGCUGUUCAAAUGCAGCAGUAUCUUGAUCUGAUAGGUAAAUGAGGCGGGAGUUGUGCAACUACCAACAUCCUUUGUUGUGUAGAUGAGCAUGUAUGUGAGAGUCCGUAUAUGUGCACAAUCCCAUCUGUGUUUGGGGAACACUGUCCUGCUAUGCGUUUAGUUGCUUUCUCUUUGUAGAUACUAUUCUGCCAGGGGGCUAUACAUUGCCAUACUACUCUUUAUUUAAUGCUGUCCGCAAACUGUCUGUCCAGUCAGUACUGAGAAUGUGAACAUAUACUAAUCAUACUGCUGCUGGAUACAGGAUGACAGAUUCAUUGUGAUGGACCGUAAAACGGUGGGUAGAGGACUACUCUGAGUAAUUGUAUAGUGAUACUCAUUAUAAAUAAACAUUGCAGCAUAAUCUAUUACAAGGGACUGGUGUGUUGAAUUUUCUUUUUGCUGUAGAACCUACAAUAAAUGUGCAGCUAUUGUAAUGAUUUA